CUUCAGUAACUACCUGACACGACAUUUGAACAUCCGAGUUGGCAACCCUGUCCUUGAGUCUCACCACAGCCAACAUGACUGACCAAGACGAUGUUAUAUCUCUCGAGGAUGAGGAUGAGGUAAUUCCUGACGUGGCUACAUGUCAGAGACUUGUGGAGCAGUUUGCUAAUAUAACUGGGACAGAUGAAGCCUGUGCUCAGUUUUAUCUUCAGGACCGCAAAUGGAAUCUUGAGAAGUCCGUGAAUGCAUUCUUUGAGGCUCGGGCUGGAAGUGGGAUAACUGUGUUGGAUGAUGGUGAUGAGCCAGAGGUUGUUGUCACAUUUGACUCAAAGUUGGUUUCUGCACUCACCAAGGGGACACUUACUGAGGUGCCACCAAAGAAUUUUUGCUUCAUAACCUGGAACAUUGAUGGGCUCGAUGAUAAAAACCUCAAGAAGAGAACAAAAACUGUUGCCAGGACAAUUGAGAAUGAGAAAGCAGAUAUAGUUUUCCUACAAGAAUUAGUGCCAAAGACAUACACCUACCUGGAGGACCUUCUUCCCCAGUUUGUCUUCAUUGUGGGAGACACAGAAGAAUACUUUACUGCUAUACUACUCCGUCGCACUACAGUUUACUUUGACGGUCAUAACUUAAUCCCUUACCCAAACACAGUCAUGGGCCGAAAUUUACUGUCUGUAGAGGCUCACAUAGGAGAUGUCAAGUUGCGCUUACUCAACACCCACUUGGAGAGCACAGCAAACUUUACCAAGGAACGAGUUGCUCAGCUAAAAACUGGAAUUGAAAACAUAAAAGAGAGUCCAUCAAAUAUGAUUACAAUAUAUGGAGGAGACUUGAAUAUACGUGACAAAGAGGUUGCUGCUGUUGGCAUGCCUUCAAAUAUUUAUGAUUUAUGGGAGGCAUGUGGUAAACGGCCCGAGUGCAAGUGGACGUGGGAUACUGAACGAAAUACCAACAAGGAGUUUCCUGGUCGUUACAAGCCGAAAAUGAGGUUUGACAGAGUAUACAUGCGACAAGCUGAUCCACCAAUUGUAACACCUCAAUACUUUGGCCUUUUGGGUUUAGAGAAAACCCCAGGAACACAGAGCUUCCCAUCAGACCACUGGGGUAUUAUAAUUCGCUUUGAGGUGAUAAGACCAAAGAAUGGGAAACGUAAAUUUUCAUCUGUUGAUGAACCCUCCACCAGCAGGGGAAAAAUUCUUCAUUAGUGCCAAGAAUGGUGGACUGAGGUCAGGUGGGUUUUAUUUUUUUUCAGAUACAGUACAGUACAUAGCUUCAAAGAAAGGGACGUAUGAAAUGAAUCAUGUUACCUCAUGUACCUUAUUGCUCAACUUAGUCACAAGUUUUCAGAAUCACUUGUAAGACUUAAGUACAUCAUCACCAGCACCUGGAGAAUGGGGACAUGAUGGGUCUUAUUAUAUUUUGUGGAAUAAUAUUUGCAGUAAAAAUUUUUUUAAAUAAUAAACAUCAAUUAUCAUCAUCUUGGUGUUGUGAACAUUUAGGAUACAGUGCCUUUAUUUAAUGCAAAGUUAUGUUGUACAAGAAGUUGCCAAAUAUGAUUUAAUUAAGUUUAGACUAAGUGGAUACAGUAUUAAUGAACCUCAAGUACAGUAUUGUGCUGGUACACUUUAAGUUCAAGGAAUUCUUAAAAAAUGUUUGAGUUCUUUGUUGCCUACCAUCUUUUUUAUUUUAGGAUUGAUUUCCAAUUUGGAAACAACCAAUCAUACUUUUGUUUUUACAGCAUUAACUCUUAAACCAUGUUCUUCACUUUUUUUUCCAAUAAUCUGUUAAUGAGUUUUUGUAAUGUCUCUUCACUAUCUGUGAUCGGGUAGUAUUAUAUGCAUAGGGUAUAUUUAAUAUUACUUUACCCUUAACUUUAAGUCCUUCAUUAUCACUUAUAACUUCUCUCAUUAAGAAUUCUGAAUAUAUAUUAUACAAUGUUGGAGAUAGAACACAGCCUUGUUGUACUCCCUGCCUAACUUUGAACCAAUUAGUAAGUUUAUUAUUUACUAACACUGCAGCCUCCUGUUGCCAGUAAAGUUUUUUUUUAGAUUUCUAAUAUCUCCUUCAGCAGUGUUGUUUACCUUAUCAAAAACUUGUUCAAAAUCAACACAACAGAUUAUAUACAUUUCUUUGGACCUCUAAAGCUGUUUCAUUCAAAAUUCUGAAACCUAAUAUAGCUUCUCUAGUUCCUUUUCCCUUUCUAUAUCCAUUUUGCUCAUCAUAUAACUCACUUUCUAUUCCCAACUUUAUUCUACUUAAAAUUCUGUUUAAUAAAACUUUGUAAGCAUGACUUAUUAAGCUUAUUGUUCUAAACUGGGUGCACUCUUUAGGCUUCUGACUUUUUAGGUAAUAAUACAAAUACCGGUAAAAAAAAAAUUAAAAUCACUAGGAAUGUCUCGUUUGAAGUACUGUACAUUUGUAUAGAAUUAUAUAUUUUAGUCAAACAUUUUAUCCCAUUCGUUUUAUAAAAUCUGCUGGAAGCUAAUCAACCUCACUCUCCCCAUCUCUCUUUUACUUAUGCCUCAAACAGGAUCUUAUUGUCUUUACUUUUGAUAGUCCCGCCCCAUUUAUUUCCCCUUUUGUGGUUCAUUUAUACAUUUGCCUAUAAUUAUGCCUUUCGUUGUCAUUUCAGUCUCCUUGCACUUCCUUUCUAGAUCAUAUUUCUUGGCCUAUCUGUAUUUCAUUUUAAUGUUAUUUUUAUGUAAGCCUUACUUCGUUUUAUCAUAUUUCUUCUAUCUAUUUUCUUUAAAGUUUAAUUUGUCACUCGCUCACUUUAGCCUCGUUCCUCCUGUGUCCUAUAAGUUCUCCCCAGUCUCUAACAUUAAUUUUUUGUAAAUAUUGAAUUAUCCUGGUCCUUGCUCAUCAAAGUCACCUGCCAGCAAUACUGAAAGUCUGUCUUUGAUGUCAGUUUUAUAUUCUAUCCCUGCCCUUGUUUUGAGCUUCCUUAAAUCCCAUUUUAUUUUGGCCAUUGUUUUUCCUUUUUAAUUUUCAAAGUUUUAUCCUUUCUAAAUCUUUCCUGAAUUAAAAUGUAAUCGAUUUGAUUCCUGAUUAUUUUGUUUACAUUGUCCUGGGGUGAGACCCAUGUAUAGAGGUGCCUUGGGUGUUGUUCAAACCAUGUACGUACAGUAUUUCCAAUUAUCAUCUUGUUUUCCUUACAAAAAUCUAUUAAUAUUUCUCCUCUCUCAUUCUAUUACCCAACCCAUGAGGUCCUACUUCUAGUCCUUUCCCAACUUUUGGGGCAUUAAAAUUACUCAUUAUAAUCAAACAUUCAUUAAACUCCACAGUGUUACAGCACAUUACAGGUUCCGGCAAGUCAACUAGUUAUUGCUAAAAUUCACCUUUCUACCGAGGAGGAAGUAGAUGGUAAAAUUCAAAUUGCAUAUGAAUAAAACUGUCAUGCAAAGGCUUGUGAGCCAAUGGUCUUUGGUAUUUUUCAAAUAUAGCUUCUCAGUACGGUACUGUAUUGUGCAUAUAGAUAAUAUAACAACUUUGUAAUGACGUAAUAAGAAAUUUAGACUUUUGCAUUUCUUUCUCGUCAGUGUUUCAUGAAUACCCUGUAUCAAAUAAUUUGUCAGUAUGGCCAGUGUUAGGUAGGAAUGUUCUUCAUGAAUGAAAUGGUUUAUUUUUAUGAGACAUUUGCUGUGGCCAUUAUAAGCUGUGAUAGUACUGAAUAUACACAUAGUACAUACAUCAUUUAUUUUAUUUUACUUAUGUAUUUACAGUAUUUAUUUUGGGGGGUUCUUCCUCAUGAGAAAAUAAACUACUUCGGAGGCUAAUGUCUACUCAUAUCAUCAAGACAUAGAGCAUAAACUAUUGAGUUCAUAUUAGCGUAUACAGAAAUUUUAACCAAACAACAGCACAGAUUUGCACAACGAGCAAUGUACUGUGGCCACCAUAUGUCAAUCUUAAAAUAUCUGUCAGUUUCAUCAAAAUAUAAAAAAUAUAAAUAAAUUAUGCAAGUAUGUGUAUGUAUGUACAGUGUGUAUUUAUGAGUACAUGUGUACUUUUAUUUUGUCCCAUGGUUAAAAAACGGCUUGUCUACGUAUUGUUCAGUACAGGUGAUGAAAAAUAAUAAUACUGUAGCAACUUGUGAUAGCUUCAAUAGGUAUAGGCUCUGCUUUUGCUAAUUGCUUUAGUAGAGUGAAUAAGAGUUACAUGUAUAAGUAGUACUGUAGUGAUAAAUAACCUAUAGCUCAUAAGGCUAAUUAAACAUUGGUUAUUUAAGGAAUCUGGAGAAGCAUGUUUUUAUUAAUUUUGGUAAAUCUGAAUAUUCAGUUAAACUUCACCUAGUGUGUGACUUACAGCUAUUAACUUUUUGUCAGUUUUUUUUAAUUAGUUGGUGGUUGAGUAUAGAAGCAUUUUAUGUGAAAAAGGAAGAACCUUGGAUAAUCCUCCUCUCCAUGAUGAUUUCAAACUACAAAAGGUGCUGCAUUAAGAUCAGGGACACAGUUAAUAUAUUUAUCCAUUGCAUAUACAGUAGGUCAUUGUCUUUAGGUGAAGAUAAAUAAGGAAAAGAGUGAAUGGCAGCACAGAGAACUGAAUGUUCUUAUAAAGCAAGACCUCAUCUGGGUUUUUUGGGGGGAGUUGGCACAGUGUACUUCAUGGCUAUGGAUGAGUUCCCACAACUAUUUUGUAUUGUAAACUUGAUUUAAACAUUUAGUUUUACACAUUCUUGUAUCUAUUAUCUAUAAUCCUUUCUUACUUUUGUGCAGGAUGGAUCAAGGGGUUUAUACAAGUUAAAACAAAUAUUGUAUACUCUUAUUUUAUAUAACUGUAGUAGUUUUGUCUUUACUUGUGUGGAUGUGCUCUGAAUUAAGCAGCUUUUAUUUCAUCAGAAAAUGUGAAUUACAUUGAUAAAAUUUGGUUUUUUGACACCCUUUUUUUUAGUUUGUGUGUAAGACAAAACUGUCAACCAGUAUCACAAACUAUGAUGCUGUUCUAUUUAAAACUUGUUGCAGUCCCUGGAUAUUGUCUGAGUAUCUAUUUACUUGUUCUUAAUGAGAGGUUACAACACAAUACAUUUUAAGUAUUUUGUAAGUUUUUUUAAGUAGUUUGUGAUUCGUACAGUGGAGUCAUGAUAAUUUGCAAAAUACAAAUUCAUGGUACUGUACCUCUGUAACUACUUUUAUAAAGUUUUGUGGUCAAAUAAUCAUAAUUUGUGGCCAGGCACUGGGUGCUGCAAUGUUUAUUUACAUCAGAAACCAAAAAGUUGUGGAAAUGUCAUUUUGAUGGUCUAAUAUGACUUAGAAAUACUGAAAACAUAAUAUAAAAUUGUAAAAUGAGAGAAAGGGAAAGUGGGGAGUGAAUUGUGUGGGGGGGAGAUAGAAGGCAGGGUUGCUAGGUGUGGACAGUGCCCCCUUCCCCAGUGUUCAGCACCCCUUCUUACUACAACAUUAUGCUAUUUCAAUAAAAUGACCAUAUUAUUUAGGUUCAUGGUGAAUAAACAUAUAAAGUAAUAAAUUUUCACAAGAAAAAAUCCCACACUUGACUCCAGGUGAGUUAUUGUGUGGUAUUAAAUUCCUGGUUCUUUGUUGACAUAGUGCGGUCACAGCCAAGCUGGCGCCUGCCUUAAUGGUGUAACACCCACAAAUUAAUGAGAAGGGAAGGAGUUGUCAAGGUAAUAUAGAACUACUUUUUGUACUAUACCUGUUAUAUAUUUUGUGUAUUAUGUACAAUUGUGGGGGGUGUUUAUUAAAGCAGUUUUGGAACAGU